AUGGCUGUGAUUAUCUUUACUUUCAAUCCACAAUUACUCAAUCUCGAAUUAAGUAAAAACAUUUCUUCUGAUAUAAAUUCAAAUACAAAUAUUUCAUCUUUGUUUAUUUCCGAUUCAAGUAUGCAAUGUGUUGCUUUCCCAGCCGUCAAUGUAUUCACUGCUGUAGAACGACUGAAAUUAUUUCGGAAUAUAUGUGGUACUAUUGAUGAUUCAACAUUAAAACAGGAAUUUGCAAAUUAUGAAAUUUACAAGAAAGAUGUUUCUACUUUCACAACUUUUUCGCAAAAAUGUGCGAGUUCAUUACCAAAGUUAAGUAAAAUGGUACUUCAAUAUGGUACAAUACCUAGUACAUCGGUUUCCAGCGAAAGUUUAUUUUCUAUAGCUGGUUAUAUGGCACGUAAAACACGAUCAUCUCUUUCUACGAAAAAUUUAAAAUACUCAAUUUUUCUCAAAGAUAAGCUAUCAUCUUGUUAUACUUUUAUCUUUUAA